CAGGAGAUGGGAGGCGCGAGCCCAAAUGGAAAGCCGCCGUCCAACAAAUAACCGAAGAAGUUCGCGGGAAAACCCAAGUCCGUGGGAGCGGAAGACUGGAAAAAGCAGAUUUAAAAGAAAAACAAAAAGAAAACAAAAUCGACUUCAUGGCGCCACCCAAAGACCGCGAAGUCAAAAGAGGCAUAGCUGUUCUGUGGGAGACUCUGCUGUGCCCCAUAUGUUUGGAUUUGUUGACUCAACCUGUUUCCACCAAGUGCGACCAUCAGUUUUGCAAGUUUUGUAUGCUGAAGCUAUUGGAAAACACCAAGCAAAGCCGAGCCAACUGCCCAGUGUGUAAAGAAAAGAUAACCAAAAGAAGCUUGCAAGAGAGUCCGGGUUUUCAGAGACUCGUGACAGGACUGCAAGACAUAAUCCAGGCCUAUGAACACGACACUGGCACAAACUACUUCACUGGACUGGCCCAGGAAGGAAGGCGAUCGACGGUCAAUGAUGACAAACUCGAUGAUGGGACACCCAACAAUGUGGAGGGUGUCGUAAAGCCUCUUCCGAGUUCUCAUUCAUCAAGUAUAGCAGCUCUCAAUGGAUUUGCAAGAGUGAUGGGAUUCGGGGAUUCCACUCCUUUGAUGACAGAAGAUCAAUUUCAAUGCCACUCUGUUCAUACGUCACAAUCAAUUGACUCGAUUUCGGCAACAACAGUUCAAGCAUCAGGACUCGCCACUGGUGAGAAAAGACAAAAGGACCAAGUUGUUUUGGAAAAUCAACCUCUCACGCAGUCCUUUGCAAAAGAACAAAUAGAGGAGGAGCCUCAGAUCUUUGAGAGGAGGAAGAGGAAAAGUAAGAAGAGGGUUGCAGAGUGGCUCCUGAAGGUUCCUGCCGAGAAGAGCCUUGAGUUGGAGGAACCAGCAGAGGUUGCCCACCUUUCUGAUGAUUCCGACAGUGCCGCAUCUGAUAAGAAGGAGCAGAUUGCCAAAACGGUCGAGGAACAAGUCUUUGGGUUCACCUACAGACGAAAGCAAAGAGAUAAACGUAGCUCCGGUAGCAAACUGCUAUCGCACACAAAAAGGCUAUCCAAGAAGAAAACCAUAACUAGCCUUGAAGAGAAACUUGUAGAUCUGGAAGACCCUGCAACAAUGGCUGUCUCAGAAGAACCAGGAAAUUGUGAAUCUCACAAGAAGGAUCUGGACAACCCUCCAGAAAAUGCUGAGAUGACAAGCUUUGGCACCUUCCAGCCUGAACGCACGCCAACAAGGCUGCGUAGCUCUUUGCAGCAGGUCGACUCCGAUUUGCAGGCCAAAGCGGAGACGGAAAAUUACGCUCCGAAGAAAGACAAGCGUCGAGCCCCUCUGGAGAGAGGCAAGUCGACCCGGGCCGUCAAACCUCUCGUCCUUGUCGGAGUUCACGAGGGAGACGACGUCACUAAGUGUUCUCUUCCGACGGAGGCGGUUCAGGUUCAUAUCGAGAACUACCCGAGCAGCGAGGACCAGGAAGCGGCAGUCACGAUGGGCACCAGGAGAUCCAAGAGACUUCACAAGUCUUCCCAGAACGUCCGGCAGCCAUCUCCCAAAAAAGCUGCAACUCGCCAGCGGGCGCAAAUGCAAGGGGAGGACGUUAAAGACGGCGCUAUAUCGGAUCCUCGGGAUGCAAAUGCUUGCAAAAGUAACGGUUGCGUAUAUGCCAAAGACAUCUGUGGCAUUGAAAACAUGGAGAUCUCCCAUCUGGAGACUCAUGUCGAGGGUCCACCCACUGAAAACCAGGUGGGUUCGGAUAGUGACCCCGCUGAGGUUCCAGGUUCUGCAAGUCUAUUUGGGACGGCUCCGGAAGAUCCAGCUCCACCUUUGAUUCCGAGCGCCAAGGUGGAAACGGAGGACUGCAACGACAGCGAGGUGGACACUGCCCAACUCCUAAGAACUUUCAAGGCCACCAAAAGGAGGUCGUUCCACCUCGGCCCAUCGAGUGGGAAGAAGAGUCGGAGUGAGGAUGAAGAACCCGCGCACCUUACGAGAUCAAGAACCCAGCGUGCCAAACAGCAGACCACACCGAGAUCAGACAUCACUGGCAUGUCAAUUUGUAGCAAUUUAAUCCCCCCAACCGAUUCACCCACCAAGAAAAUGGAUGCCGAAGGGGUGGCCGCUCCUGUUCCUCUCGGGAGUAGCGUCAGCAGUGCCUUCAGUCAGCAAAAAGUGCCAUCUCGUGAAACGGAAAGCCCUCUACCGUCCUUCAUACCUCAAGUCGUGGAUUCUGGACUCCAUUUUCAUAAGCGCCAGGAGUUUCCAGAGAGUUCCUUUGAAUCCGCCCCAAAGGAGGACCCCUGGAACCUGGCUGAGGACCCCGCUGCCAUCGGAAAAGGUUCAGCAAGGACAUCCCAGCAUCUCUUAAACGCCGACUGCUCCUUGACUCCGGACGGCCUCUUAGACCAGCCGGGUCCCUCGAGUCACAGAACCCAGACGAGCGUCCAGUCGUCCGCCCGGAGCAACCCCAUCCGCAACACGCGGAGGCGGGCCCAAAGGCUGCGGCACUCAUUGGAGUCACUGAGCAGCUGCGAUGAGGAGGUGCCCAAUUUGACGCAAAUAUUCCAAGAGGCCACCCGCCACCCUCAGGACGACGCUGUUCAGGACGCCACUCAAGCUAACCAGCGUGAGAUUGAUGACGUCGCAGUGCGCUGCCAGAGUCCAGACUGCGUUACUGCCAGCCAAGCCUCCGUUGACUUGUUUGACUCUCCAAAUAAGUCCGACCUGCCAGCAAACGAUGCAAGCGUGCCUGCCGAGUUGUCGCAGUUCGGAAGCGAGGUUCUUGUCACACAGCAAAAGGUGGAGAUGAAGAACGAGCUGGUGAGGCUGGAGAAGUUGAUGGCGCUGGUGACCGAGGUGCUCCAGGAGAAGGAGGCCAGUUCGCCUGCGUGCUCAGACAUGCAGAAAUCGGGUCCACGUGACCCGGACGCAAGCGGUGAUCCAGACAGGAAAGACCUCGCAGAAGGUGCAGAGGAGCCCAUAAGAGAAUGGCUGCUUCAGUCCGCCGUCCAGAUGUCGCCGCCACCUUCGCCACGCUCAGGACCGGCUGGGGAAAGCAUGGCUGAUUCAAAUCCAUCCUCCAGCAACAAGGAGAACAAGACUCCCGAGAGAAACGGCAACAGAGCUAAAAUGGUGCUGGUGCCGUCUGGAUUGGGGCCCGCCGAGCAGGUGGCGAUGCGGAGGUUUGCCAGGAAGGUGGGCGCUCGUGUGCUUUCCCAGGUGACCGCGGAAGUGACGCACGUCGUCAUGUGCACAGAUGAUCAACUAGUAUGCGAGCGUACUCUCAAGUACUUCCUUGGCAUUGCAGGCAGGAAGUGGGUGGUGAGCUUCCAGUGGAUCGCCGAAUGCCUCAAGGAAAAGGAACUCUUGGACGAGAGUUUAUUUGAAGUCCGAGGCGACGUGGUGAACGGCGCCGAUCACCUUGGCCCGAACAGAGCUCGCACCACCGGUGACGACAAUCUUCUCAUGAAGGGCUAUGAAAUCUGCCUUCAAGGACCUUUUACAAACAUGACCACAGCGCAAAUGGAGUGGAUGGUGCAGCUGUGUGGCGCCACGGUGGUCAAAGACCUCCACAGUAAACGGAAGUCCAACCAGCUGGUCAUCGUUCAGCCUGGAUCAGAGCCAUGUUCGUACAGCGGUCUCGCAAAACAGGCCAGAGUUGUGACUCGCGCUUGGUUGCUGGACACGGUGGCCACCUACACUUUCCAAGGUUACGACAACUACCUAAUGUGAGUCGAGGAUGCGUUUUACCACAUUUUUAGAUUUAAAUGCUGUGUAAAAAAAAUAAAAUAAAAAUGUUCAGAAAGCAAAAGAGGAGAGAUAUGUAAAGUGAAACUAGAAUAAUAAAUAGUUCAUCAAAUGGUCUGGGUUUUUUCAGUUGGGAACGAGGGCUGGGGGAAAAAGCAGCUUUCUUAGGAACGUGAUUGCUCUUCUUUUGCAUCAUGACAGAAUCGACCGCUUCAUACGUAGCAGGUACGCGUGUUUGUUGGGUCGCAGUAUAGCAACGGCGCAAUUAGCCUUGUUUUGAACAACAGCUGGCUGCAAAGAGCACGCAAAAACAAAACGGGAAUGUCAGCACGUCUCUUUGGAGGCCUUUGUAAAUGCCAGAUGCGCUGGUGCCACGAUGCUGCUUUCUUCCAGUCAGCUGUUUUUUGUUUGUAUUUUUUUACACCCCCUCAUUCGGUAGCAUCACUUUCAAUGGCGUGUAGAGUUCAAGCACUGAAUGGGAAUAGUUGUUCUCCUUUAUUUGGACGGAAGGAAUGUCAGGCCCGUCUCGUUUGAGCGAGUCCAAUCACUCGGGUUAUUUACAGUGCUCGGAAUUUAUCGGUCACAAGGUUGUCUCUCUUUAAGUGAGUUACGUCUCUUUGUAUACGAAUCGCAAACACGAGCCGAGCGCCAUAUUCCUCACUACUACCCUAAGGCGAAAUAUUUUUCAUCAACAGCGGCGGCAGAAGAGUGGACAUUCUUGUUUGGCGCAUUGUAACAAGAGAAGGCGUGUUUGUUGACAGUUACGCGUCUCCUCGGCACUUUAGCACGAACGAAGGAGAUAACGGUGGAACAUUCCGACUUCUAAUCGUAAUGGGAGAUUCCAAACAGGAAAUACUGUUAAGUCAUAAUGAUUGUUCACUGCAUAUUUUGAGUGUGUUGGCUGAGACACAUUUUGAAUUAGCAGUAAUUCUUUUUGGGGUUUUUUCUGCGCUAUACUAGCCACCCCGAGUCAAUGCGUUUGACCCCUGCAUGUUUUUCCGCCACAUAUAUUUUUAAUCCGUUCAAUUGUACACACUGUUUAAAUGGCUUUUGCAUUUUUGAUGAUUCUCUUCCCUUUCCCCUCACUAAGUGACAGCAUAACCAUUCAUCGUAUCAUCACCCCGGUUUUUUUAACAGGUUAGUCACGUUGUUUGAAAAAGUUUUCUGGUUGAAGCCUUUCAUUCAUUUACAAAAAUUUCCACAGCCAACAUUACUUGCUUAAUUUAAUCUAUUUGUUGUUAUUCAUUGUUAGAAUAAAAGCUUCUUUUGAUAG